AUGCAUAAUUUAUAUGAUAUAAGGUAUCAUGAAAUUCAGUCUGAAAAGGUAUUAAGUUCUCAGCAGCCUGGACACCUGAAACUAAAAUAUAGAAGACUAAAUAAGCAUGAAGAAAAUAAUGAUUCUACUAAAUUUGAUACUCCUAUAAGACAAAAUACUGAAAAAGAAUCUGAAGAAAAUAGUGAUUCUGAUGACGAAUUAUUACAUGAAAAUAUAUCUAGUGAAGAUGAAGUUUCAUCUGCAGAUGAUGAUGAGAAAGCUCUAAUACUUGAAUUGGAGAGAAUCCGUAAAUCCAACCAAGCUAAUGCGGCUAAAGACGAAACAGUUAAUCUAUUAGGUAGUGAGCUACAAAGAAAUCCUCUUCUUGAAGAUGAAUUUGAGUCAGAAAAUGAAGUAAAGGACUUUACACUAAAAAAAAGAUGGACAGAUGAUGUAGUAUUUAGUAAUCAGUCAAAGCGCGAAAAAAAAGUUAAAAAAAGGUUCAUCAAUGAUACUGUUAGAAGUGAUUUCCACAAGCAGUUUCUAAAAAAGUAUAUAGUAUAG